AACAAAAUCUGUUUGGAAAUGUUAAGCUGGUUACACAGAACUAAUAUGCCUCAAGGUGGUCAUUCUCUCUGGAUUAAAGCUAUGGAACAAUUGUGGCUCCUGUUACAAGGAAAAUGACAAAGGGCCAUUAUAAAAAGGGACAAAAAUCUCUGUUCCCAAAGGGGGACUGACAAGCUGAAAGUCCCCCUCCACAUGCUGACACAAAAGCCUGAUUGCCUCAGAUUGUUUGUUUAUGUAAAUCAAAAUGUUGCCAUUAAUUCUGCUGCAGAGACUGCUAAGCAACAAAGAAGAUGGUGAUUGGCCAGAUUCUUGCUCAUGAGUUGUGGCAAGUCUGGCAAAUUCAAUUACUUUUGUUCAAAGCUCUAUCUUGACAGCUUUAGGUAAAGAAGCUUGCUAUGAUGUACUAAAGUAAAUAAUUUGUGUUCCUAGAGUAAGCUUUGGAACUAUAGGAUUUGAAGGCAAGAGAACAUAUCAAAGAUCUUGCCCAAAGCUCCCUCCAAGUCAGACUCAGCUGUACAUCAUGACAGACAUUCCAGUGACAUUCAGUCAGGUUGAGUGUAAUGGGGACGCACCCCCUGAAAAUGGUCAACAAAAAUUCGCUGAAAUCCCUGAGGAAGCCAGUGAUGUGGAUGGCACCCCACCAUACUGCAGGGUAGAAGCUAGGCUUGAAAAUGUACACCCAGAAGGAAAUCCAGAGAAAAGUGAAAAAUUACAAGGGAACAUACAGCUCAACUCACCCAUGGAUGAGAAGAUUCUAAAAGAAAAACCAGAAGAGAAUCUCUAUAUUGUUCGUAAGGCUAUCACAGAUCUCUCUCUCCAAGAAACAAGUGUUGAUGAAAUGACAUUCAGGGGAGGGCAUCAAUGGGAGAAGAUUCCUUUGAGGAGCAGUAACCAGGAAAUAAGUAGACAAAAGGAAAGGAUUUCUGAGCAGCCUCUAGAAGAGAGAGAAAAUGAGGAUCUGAAGAAUGAAGCUCAGCAGGCAACUGAAAUUGAAUGGUUAGGAUUUCGGAAACCUAGCCAAGUUGAUGUGUUCCGUUCUAAGCAUGAUGAGGAGCAAGAAGUUUGGGAUGAAGAAAUUAAUAACGAUGAUGAUGAUUACAAAGAUGAUGAAGAUGAAGUUCGAGUGAUCGAAUUUAAGAAAAAAAAUGAAGAUGGUUCUCAAUUAAAAGAGGAAGGCCAUGCAAGGGAGGACUCUCCACUGAGCAGCCCCAGUUCCCAACCUGUCACGCCUGAUGAGCAGCCACCCUUCGGAAAGAAGGGUGAUAUCUCCAGAAAUGCUUAUUCAAGAUACAAUACGAUAUCCUAUCGGAAAAUCAGAAAGGGGAACACCAAGCAAAGAAUUGAUGAAUUUGAGUCUAUGAUGCAUUUAUAAGCUAACUGGAACUGAGAAGUUAUCAAGCCCACUAAAGCAAAAGCUAAUUCUAUUUUCCUGAGAUGAAUCUUUGUGUGCCUUAUUUGAAUCAUCCCCUUUAAAUAAGUGGAAGCUUAAUCUCAGUUUCACUGUAGAAUAAUGUGGGAAUAACCCUAGAGAAAAUUCAGUCUGGUAACCUCAAAUCAAAAAACUUGAUUCAUCCUUGGACAUUUGCUUGUUAAAACUUCACUAAUAUAGCCUUGUGUGAUAAGCACUAAACAGCCAGCACCACUGGGGAAUCUGGCAUUUAAAAGUUUGGCUUUAAAAGUUUGGCUUUCCCAAAGCUGGGAAAUGAUGUCUUUCUUCCUGCCUACUAAGGGUGAUAGAAAGUCAGGUAUUGAAUCUCUCUUUUAAAGGUGGUUUCAUAGACUCUGGCAAUAAACUUUCCAAAAUGC